UUCAAAAUGUAACUAUAAUUUCUUUUAGGGAACUACAAGACACAUCUCCAGAUGUUAAUUUGGCCAAAAGGACUCCCAGGAAAAGCUCUGCACAUGCCUGGAAUUGAGAGACACGGUUAAAAGACUUCAACUCGCCUUUCAAGAAGUCCUUUCAGACUCUGGAGUUUUGUUUGUUUUGUUUUGUUUUUUAACAUUUCCAACCAAGACUUGCUCGAAUGCCACUUUUUCUGCUUGCAGUUCUUGAUACCGCCACUUAGUGCGGGCAUUCUGUGAGAACUUGCAGAGCUUGCCCAGGAAGCCAGCAUGGCCAGGAUGGGCACGGUGCUCACAGCUUGCCAAAUGGUGCUGGGUUUGGUGAUGACGUCAUUCACAGAGUCUUCCAUGCUGACCAACGAGUGUCCACAGCUCUGUGUGUGUGAGGUCCGCCCCUGGUUUACCCCCCAGUCCACCUACAGGGAAGCCACCACCGUGGAUUGCAAUGACCUCCGCCUCACGAGGAUCCCCAACAACCUAUCCAGCGACACGCAAGUGCUUCUCUUACAGAGCAAUAACAUCGCCAAGACCGUGGACGAGCUCCAACAGCUCUUCAACCUGACCGAGUUAGAUUUCUCGCAGAAUAACUUCACGAACAUUAAGGAGGUAGGGCUGGCCAACCUAACCCAGCUCACCACGCUGCAUCUGGAGGAAAAUCAGAUCACGGAAAUGACUGAUUACUGUCUGCAGGACCUCAGCAACCUUCAAGAACUCUACAUCAAUCACAACCAGAUUAGCACUAUUUCCGCCAAUGCCUUUUCUGGCUUAAAAAACCUUUUAAGGCUCCACCUGAAUUCCAAUAAGUUGAAAGUGAUUGAUAGUCGCUGGUUCGAUUCCACACCCAACCUGGAAAUUCUCAUGAUCGGGGAAAACCCCGUCAUCGGAAUCCUGGAUAUGAACUUCAAGCCCCUCUCAAACCUGAGAAGCUUAGUGUUGGCGGGAAUGUAUCUCACCGAGGUUCCGGGAAAUGCCUUGGUGGGCUUGGACAGCUUGGAGAGCCUCUCCUUUUACGAUAACAAACUGGCCAGAGUCCCUCAGCUCGCCCUGGAAAAAGUUCCAAACCUGAAAUUCUUAGACCUCAACAAAAACCCCAUUCACAAGAUCCAAGAAGGGGACUUCAGAAACAUGCUCCGGUUGAAAGAGCUGGGCAUCAACAACAUGGGCGAGCUCGUGUCCGUGGACCGGUACGCCCUGGAUAACUUGCCCGAACUGACCAAGCUGGAAGCUACCAACAACCCCAAACUCUCCUACAUCCAUCGCCUGGCUUUCCGCAGCGUGCCCGCGCUGGAAAGCUUGAUGCUCAACAACAACGCCUUGAACGCCGUGUACCAGAAGACGGUGGAGUCCCUGCCGAAUCUGCGCGAGAUCAGCAUCCACAGCAACCCCCUGCGGUGCGACUGUGUCAUCCACUGGGUUAACUCCAACAAGACCAACAUCCGCUUCAUGGAGCCCCUGUCCAUGUUCUGCGCCAUGCCCCCCGAGUACCGGGGCCAGCAGGUGAGGGAGGUGCUCAUCCAGGAUUCGGGGGAGCAGUGCCUCCCCAUGAUAUGCCACGACUCGUUCCCCAACCACCUGAAUGUGGAGGUCGGCACCACCGUGGGCUUAGACUGCCGAGCCAUGGCCGAGCCAGAGCCUGAAAUCUACUGGGUCACCCCCAUCGGGAAUAAAAUAACGGUGGAAACCCUGUCAGAUAAAUACAGGCUGGGCAGCGAGGGCACCCUGGAAAUCACCAACGUGCAGGUGGGGGACUCGGGGAGGUACACGUGCGUGGCCCAGAACGUCCAAGGGGCGGAUACCCGAGUGGCCACCAUGAGAGUGAACGGGACCCUGCUGGACGGUACCCAGGUGCUGAAGAUCUACGUCAAGCAGACGGAGUCGCACUCCAUCCUGGUGUCCUGGAAGGUGAAUUCCAACGUCAUGACAUCCAACCUCAAGUGGUCGUCGGCCACCAUGAAGAUCGACAAUCCCCACAUCACGUACACGGCCAGGGUCCCCGUGGACGUCCACGAGUACAACCUCACGCACCUGCAGCCCUCCACCGACUACGAAGUGUGCCUCACCGUGUCCAACAUCCACCAGCAGACUCAGAAGUCGUGCGUCAAUGUCACCACCAAGAACGCCGCCUUCGCCUUGGCCAUCUCCGACCAGGAGACCAGCACGGCUCUGGCCGCGGUGAUGGGCUCCUUGUUUGCCGUGAUCAGCCUGGGAUCCACCGCCAUCUACAUUGCCAAAAGAUUUAAGAGGAAAAACUACCACCAUUCACAAAAGUAUAUGCAGAAAACCUCUUCCAUCCCCCUAAACGAGCUGUACCCACCGCUCAUUAACCUCUGGGAAGGAGACAGUGAGAAAGACAAAGACACCGCCCCAGACAGCAAGCCCACCCAAGUCGACACAUCCCGAAGCUAUUACAUGUGGUAACUCAGUGGAUAAUUUUGCUUCUGGUAGCAAGGAGCACAAAGACGUUUUUGCUUUAUUCUGCAAAAGUAACCCGUCGGAAGACUUUUGUAUUUUUUGACUUUGCUAAGUUUGUGGCAGAGUGGAGAGAGGACAGGUGAAUAUUUCGAUUUUUUUUUUUCAUUUUUAUUUUAGUAUAGUGUACGGCAAGGGUAUGAACAUGGCUGGCAGUGACUGUACGCUUCCAGCUUGUGGUGUUUUUUUUGUUUUGUUUUGUUUUGUUUUGACGGUUGUUGUUUUUUUUCUCCUGGUUGUUUCUAUUCUUAUUAUGAAGAUGAUUAUUAUUAUUAUAUUAUUAUUAUUAUUAUAUUUUAGUUGUUGUGCUAAACUCAAUACUGCUGUCCUAACUACAGUGCUCAAUAAAAUAAUUAACGACAGGCUGGGGUUCUUCUGUGGUUUUCCCAGUGGCCUGACCCUUCUUCUGAAGCCAUCAGUAGGAAGUACUUUGUCCUCCAGAGAGCUGACAGGCAGCAGCAUCAAACCUAUUGUAGCAGUCGCAAGAAGCUAAAGCUAGACUUGUUACCUUUAUUGAAUGAUGUUAGUUGACUGUACUGUAAUGUAUCAACUGAGUUGAAUGUUUGCCUUUCAGAAAUGACUUUGCUUUCCUUCUUCCUCUUUUAUUUUUCCACUUUUGUUUUUGGUAAUAGUUAAAAAAAAAACAAGCUAACAGGCAAUAGAAAUAUGUAUAUCAGAUUUUUUUAAUGUAAUGAACUACAUGUUAAUUGUUACUGUAUUAUUUUUAUCUUUAGGAGACACUUUUAAAAGAAAAGAUAAUUUUGUUGUGUUUACCUCACCAACCGUGGUGUGUA